UCAAGCAUGCAUCACACUGUAAUAAAACGGUUGGAUUUCUCAUCUCCCACCCAAGCUCUGAGUUUGGGAGAAACAAGGAUGGUGUGUCUGUCUUGCUCACCACCGAAUUUCCUGCACGGGGCGGAAACAUAACACAUGGCAGGUGCUUAAUAAAUGUUUGCCACCAAAAAAGAAAAAGAAUGAACAAAUACGUGGACGAAAGGAUGGCUGUGGCCAUUUCCAUGACAAAAAGACUGCUCAGCCCAGCCAGAGAACAGAUGAGUGGUCUGACCUGCAGAGGGCAGUAGGCUGCUUUUGAAUCUCUGGGUCUGAUUCCUGGGAGCCGGUUCUGCUGUCAGUCAGAGAGAUGUUGGAUGCUCAGUGGUCAUUUCGCCGCUCUGAAGAUUAAGUAGGAGUUGUUUGCCUCCAGCCAAUGUAUAAAAACUGAGUGUUUCCCCCGCACUCCUCACAACAGGUACCACAUCCCCUGUCUUGCUAUGAAAACUGCUGUAACUGUAGCAGCCAGUGGCUGGUUUUCUGUUCCCAGGUGGGGAUGUGAGAGGGGGAAAGAGAGAGAGAGAGAGAGACAGAAGGAAGGUAAGAAGGGAGAGAGAGAGAGAUAAGAGUUUCUCUAAAACUGAUUGUCCUGGAGAAGCACAGGGAAGUUUUCUGUAAGAAUCCAGGCUGACUUUUUCCUCUGUCUCUCGUUCUCUCUCUCUCCCUACCUGUCUCUCUCUCCAUCCUUUUAUUCUGGGAAAGAACAAAAUCUAAGUGUACACUGGACAAGCAUCUAAAACCAGGAUCUGGGGGGAGAUUUUUUUUUUUUCUUUCCUGAAAGCAGCAGCAGCAGCCACAGCCUCGGGACCCUGCUGGAGCCCCCGCUCCAAUCAGCCAGCUGUCUGUGAGCGAUGAAUGCUUCGUGCUGUCUGCACUCAGCUCAACCAAUGCUGCCUAACAGCUCAGAGCACGGCGCUGCCCCUUCCUUCAGCAACCAGAGCAGCAGCCGCUUCUGUGAGCAGGUCUUCAUCAAGCCCGAGGUCUUCCUGGCCCUGGGCAUCAUCAGCCUGCUGGAAAACAUCCUGGUCAUCCUGGCCGUGGCCAGGAAUGGCAACCUGCACUCCCCCAUGUACUUCUUCCUCUGCAGCCUGGCCGUGGCCGACAUGCUGGUGAGCGUGUCCAACGCCCUGGAGACCAUCAUGAUAGCCGUGGUCAACAGCGACUACCUGAGGCUGGAGGACCAGUUCAUCCAGCACAUGGACAACGUCUUCGACUCCAUGAUCUGCAUCUCCCUGGUGGCCUCCAUCUGCAACCUCCUGGCCAUUGCUGUCGACAGGUACGUCACCAUCUUCUACGCACUCCGCUACCACAGCAUCAUGACCGUGAGGAAGGCACUGGCCCUGAUUGUGGCCAUCUGGCUGGGCUGCGGCAUCUGCGGUGUGGUGUUCAUCGUCUACUCCGAGAGCAAGAUGGUCAUCGUGUGCCUGGUCACCAUGUUUCUUGCUAUGCUGCUGCUCAUGGGCACCCUCUACGUGCACAUGCUCCUCUUCGCCCGGCUGCAUGUCAAGCGCAUCGCCGCGCUGCCACCGGCUGAUGGAGCGGCCCCUCAGCAGCACUCCUGCAUGAAGGGGGCAGUCACCAUCACCAUCCUGCUGGGGGUCUUCGUCUUCUGCUGGGCCCCCUUCUUCCUCCACCUUGUCCUCAUAAUAACCUGCCCCACCAACCCCUACUGCGUCUGCUACACUGCCCACUUCAACACCUACCUGGUCCUCAUCAUGUGUAACUCCAUCAUCGACCCACUGAUCUACGCCUUCCGGAGCCUGGAGCUGCGCAACACCUUCAAGGAGAUCCUCUGCAGCUGCAAUGGCAUGAACUUGGGAUAA